GGGCGGGGCCCGGGCGGACCUCGGCCUCGUCGCUGGUGACCGGUCGCCUGACGGGGCCCCUCCCCUGGCCCGCCCCAUCAGGUUUAUCUUGUGACCGCGGCGUCCACUCCUUGCUUCCUCGAGCCUAGAGCCUGGUUAACCACCAUGCGCUUCCUGACUGCUGCGUUCCUGCUCCUGGCGCUCGGCGCCGCCGCGGUCCAGGCCGAGCCGGUGCGGUUCAAGGACUGCGGUUCCGAAGCUGGAGUUAUCAAAGAAGUCAAUGUGAGCCCAUGCCACGUGCAGCCCUGCGAGCUGCAGAAGGGACAGUCCUAUGGCGUCAACGUCACCUUCUCCAGCAAUGUUCAGUCUAAGAACAGCACGGCCGUUGUGCACGGCAUCCUGUUCGCGGUUGAAGUUCCCUUUCCCAUUCCUGAGCCCGACGGCUGCAAGAGCGGGAUCAGCUGCCCCAUCCAGAAAGGCCAGACCUACAACUACAUGAACAAGCUCCCAGUGAAGAACGAGUACCCCUCGAUAAAACUGGUGGUGAAGUGGGAACUUAAGGAUGACAAACAGAGAAACCUCUUCUGCUGGGAAAUCCCCAUCGCGAUCGUAGCCUAGAGCCUGGAGCUGCUUAAUGGCCGCAUGUCCAUCUGGGCGUGCGAGGGCCAGGGCGGAGGGAGGGAAGACAUCAGACCUGAAGCUUAAUCCAUGCCCCUGGAUGAAAGGAAUCGCAAGAUGCUGCUUCCUGCCUCUCCACGUCCAAAAGCAUCUAAGACCCUAUUUCCUGAGCUCAGAACUGUUGCCUUACGAGAGAGAGGGAGAGGGAGUCUGUUGGGAUAAGGCGGGCCCAACCAGGCAGCGCCUGAGGGGAUUGCUGUGGGGCUGUCAGGUAGCUCGCCCUGUGGGUCCUGGCCGCAGAGGGGGGGUGGUGGUCCCCAGAUCCUCCCUCCAGCUGGGCCGUGUCUCUGAAGGCUCCUGUUCUCUAAGUGCCUCGUGGAGUCAGCACCUCCGACUCCGACGGUGCAGCAGCCAUGACUUCUCCCCCCCUGGUCCAGGAACUGGGUGCAGAGGGGGUUUCAGAAGUCAGCCCUGCGCGGCUGCUUUUCCGUGGUGGUGUCGUCUCUUCCUCUGUCUAUGUGGUUUUCAUUAAAGACAGCACUUGGUUA